CUAAACAAUGCAAUGUUCUUGAAACUACUUGUUUUGUGUGCAGGAAUGGACCAGUUUAUUGGUAAAAUGGAAGUUCCAGGGAGCUUUAGUCCUUAUCAGCAUGGGGAAGGACAUGACAUCAUCGGGUGAUGCACACAGUGCAGCAACAAGAGCCACUCGAAGUCGAUUUCCUCCCUUUUUCGAAGUUGAUUUCAUCUGUUUUUCGCAGCAACAAGAAGGUUGCAAAAGGUGUAAUGACCUGUGUGACUCAAGAAGUAAAAGAUCUUUACCAUCUUUUGGACCAUGAGUUUCUCCCUCUAGAUCUUGCAUCAAAAGUGCAGCCUUUGUUAACCAAAAUUUCCAAACUUGGGGGUAAGCUUGCUUCAGCAUCUUCUGUACCAGAGGUCCAUCAAUCUUAAUACAUUCCCAUGCUGGAAAAGCUUGCCACUCUAAGAUUGCUUCAGCAGGUGUCUCAGGUGUAUCAGUGAAUGAAUAUAGAGAAUUUAUCUAAAAUGAUCACCUUUUUUGAAUUUUCUGCUGUGGAGAAAAUCUCUGUUGAUGCAGUCAAACAUAAUUUCCUUGCAAUGAAAGUUGACCACAUGAAGGGUGUUGUUGCAUUUGGUAACUCGGU